UCUCUCUCUCUCUCUCUCUCUCUCUCCCCCGCUCCACUGUCCAACAGGGACUGACACACACAGCGCACUACUCCGACCAAAUUCAAACUGCAAACCCUAAUUUUCCCAAUCUCCCUCUCCGAUUCCUCCAUUUCCGAUGGCCUCCAACGCCCCAGAUGAGCCCUGCAACUCCGAGACCGAACCGGAACAAUAGCCCUAAGAAUCAAGGGGAAGCGCUCCCGCCGCGUGAGCACAGAGAUCACCUCCGUCCACAUCUUCAACAGCGACGAGGACUACGACAUACCUCCCGACCCCAAGCCCAAGCCAGCUCUCAAAAAGACUUCGAACAGGCCGAGAACCCGGUGAUAGGGUUUUUUAGGGACUUGGGCGGUGACAGCGACGAUUUUAGGGAUUCCGAUGACGAUGACGAAAACGACGACGGGAGAAAGUCGUUUUUCAGGCCAAUUGGAUCGCCCUCUCCUGGGAGUAGUGUUCCGUGCUCUGCUACCUCUAAUGACGUCUUGCAAGGUCAGACUCCGGAGGAGAUCUCAAGACCCCAACGGCGGUUCGCCUUGUCUUUGAAGAGAAGACACCAACCCAUAAUACCAAUGUUACUGAUUCUGGAAGCCUCAUGUCUUUAACAAAACCGAAGAUGGU